AUGCAAGAAACAUCCUUAGACACCAACAAUCUAUUCUCAGAAUCAUUGAUAACAGAAGAUGAAACAUGGACCAUACAAGUGAUGUACCCAGAUGGGGAAUCUCCUGAUUCCGAUGUCUUUCCAGGAGAAGAUACUCUGAUCUCCCUCGAAAAUGUCGAAAACGUCGAAGAAAUCCUCAAAUCGGUACAGGCAGUGAAAAUCGCCGACAGAGUUGAAAAACGUUGCAAAAAAUAUGAGAAGGCGAAAGUUUCAUUGCGAAAAACUUUAGGCAACGCUUGUCCUAAAUGUGACAAGAUAUACAAUGCCAGGCGUAAUUUGCUCAGGCAUAUCAAUCUGGAGUGUGGAAAAGAACCGAAGUACGCUUGUAUGUAUUGCCAGUACAAAAAUUACAGAAGGAAUGAGAUCAACAAUCACAUGAAGAAGAAACAUGGAUUGACGUAA